AAAAUGUCAGAAUGAAUUCAAUGGAAAUCCGUAUACAUACACGGCGAAUUCAUAUCUCAUUUCAAUUAUAUUUUUCUGGCACGCGGCGGUUGUGUAAUCUUAAGGUUAGGAUGUUGCUGGGCAUCGUUUCUGCUGGUGUUAUUUUUCGGCAAAUAACACCAACAUCGAGGGACUUAAUCGAAGUUACUUCUCGUGAAAACACAACGACGGGCCAUUCUACAAAAGAAUGGGUUAGUAUGCUUGGACCACGAACAGAAAUCGCCAAUCGCUUUCAGUCUUUUUUGCGCACCUUUGAAAUGAUUAAAAAAACAGCAAGGCGAUCGUAUUAUAAAGGCAACGUAUGUAUAUCUAUAUAUUGAAAU